AUGAGUCGAUUCCGUGCGCUAGCCGGCGUUUUAAAAGCUAGCUUAGGAGCUACGUGGCCGCGACCAAUUGCGGUAACUCCAACUCCCAGGAGACUUUGCUCCUCUGAUGCUUCAACCACCCAAGCCGUCACCAGCAGCUCCAGCUACGUGGAGGACAUGUACUUUGCCUGGUUGGAGGAUCGUAACAACGUCCACGAGUCGUGGGACGCCUUUUUCCGGAACGUUCCUAAGACCGGCGACGAAGAGGAGAGUCGCCCCUCGACGCUAAUCCGCGAUCGAGUUGCGUCUCGUUCGCCGGACGUGACGCAGAAAGUUGUGGAAGAUCAUCUGGCGGUGCAUACGCUCAUAAGAGCCUAUCAGAUUCGAGGUCAUCAUGUUGCCCAAUUGGACCCGCUUGGAAUCUUAGAUGCUGACCUGGACUCAUUUGUUCCCUAUGACCUCAUCACGACUAUUGAUAAAUUAGCUUUCUACGGUCUGCACGAGUCCGACCUGGACCGGCGCUUCCGCCUGCCUCACACCACCUUCAUCGGCGGAGGAGAAACCACGCUUCCUCUCAGGGAGGUCAUACGUCGACUCGAGGCGUCGUACUGCGGACACGUGGGGGUGGAAUUCAUGUUCAUCAAUAACAUGGAGCAGUGCCAGUGGAUCCGGCAGAUGUUCGAGACUCCGGGAAUCAUGAGCUUCACCGGUGACGAGAAGCGAACGCUGCUGGCUCGUCUCAUCAGAUCAACGCGAUUUGAGGACUUCCUGGCCAGGAAGUGGUCGUCGGAGAAACGCUUUGGACUUGAAGGCUGCGAAGUCCUUAUCCCGGCUCUGAAGACCAUCAUCGACAGCUCCAGCGCCGCCGGCGUCGACAGCGUCAUCAUGGGGAUGCCGCAUCGCGGUCGACUUAACGUCUUGGCCAACGUGAUUCGAAAGGACCUAAACCAGAUCUUCUGCCAGUUCGACCCUAAAUUAGAAGCGGCGGAUGAAGGUUCCGGGGAUGUCAAAUACCAUCUGGGGAUGUACCACGAGAGAAUAAACCGGGGGACGGACAAGAACAUCACGCUGUCCCUCAUGGCUAACCCCUCCCACUUGGAAGCGGUGGACCCGGUGGUGCAAGGCAAGGCCAAAGCCGAGCAGUUCUACAGGGGCGACGCGCUUGGGAAGAAGGUGAUGUCCAUCUUGAUGCACGGAGACGCGGCUUUCGCCGGCCAAGGGGUCGUGUACGAGACGUUCCACCUCAGCGAACUCCCAUCCUACACCACGCACGGGACCAUCCACGUGGUGGUCAACAAUCAGAUCGGCUUCACCACGGAUCCACGCAUGGCCCGCUCGUCACCUUACCCCACCGACGUUGCCCGAGUGGUCAACGCGCCCAUCUUCCACGUCAACGCCGACGACCCAGAGGCCGUCAUGUACGUGUGUCGCGUGGCCGCCGAGUGGAGGAACACCUUCCACAAAGAUGUCGUCAUAGACCUGGUGUGCUACAGACGCUUCGGCCACAACGAAAUGGACCAACCUUCCUUCACGCAGCCGCUGAUGUACAAACAGAUCCGACGGCAGGAGCACGUGCUGAAGAAGUACUCGGACAAACUCAUCGCCGACCGAGUGGUCACACUGCAGGAGUUUGAGGAGGAGGUGGCCAAAUAUGACAAAAUAUGCGAGGAGGCGUAUACCAGCUCCAAGGAUGAGAAGAUCUCGCAUAUACGACAUUGGCUGGACUCACCGUGGCCAGAAUUCUUCACAGCAGAAGGAGAACCCAAGACCAUGAGUUGCCCCCCGACAGGACUGGACACAGAGGUCCUGCAGCACAUCGGCCGCACCGCCAGCUCGGUGCCUUUGGAAGAUUUUACCAUCCAUCCCGGUCUGUCGCGUAUUCUGCGCAGCCGGGGCGACUUGGUGAGCAAGGGUCAGCUGGACUGGGCUUUGGGAGAGUACGUGGCCUUCGGCUCGCUGCUCAAAGACGGCGUCCACGUAAGGCUCAGCGGGCAAGAUGUGGAAAGGGGAACGUUCAGUCACCGCCAUCAUGUUCUUCAUGACCAAAAAGUGGACAAACUCACCUGCAUACCCAUGAACCACCUGUGGGCCGACCAGGCCACCUACACCGUCUGCAACAGCUCUUUGUCCGAGUACGGCGUGCUCGGGUUCGAGCUGGGUUUCGCCAUGGCCAGCCCUGACGCUUUGGUUCUUUGGGAAGCGCAGUUCGGAGACUUCCACAACACGGCCCAGUGCAUCAUCGACCAGUUUAUCAGCUCGGGCCAGGCCAAGUGGGUCCGCCACAACGGUAUUGUUUUGCUCCUGCCGCACGGCAUGGAAGGAAUGGGUCCGGAACAUUCCUCAGCCCGGCCGGAGCGCUUCCUGCAAAUGAGUAACGAUGACCCGGACUACUUUCCGGAGUUCGGAGGGGAUUUUGAGGUGCAGCAGCUGUACGAGUGCAACUGGAUCGUGGUCAACUGCUCCACGCCCGCUAACUACUGUCACGUGCUCCGACGGCAGAUUCUGCUCCCUUUCAGGAAGCCGUUGAUUAUAUUCACUCCCAAAUCUCUGCUGAGGCACCCCGAUGCCCGAUCCAGUUUUGACGACCUGGCCAAAGGCACGAAAUUCAAGAGACUGAUCCCGGACGACGGCCCGUCCUGUCAAAACCCCGACCGAGUGAAAAGGGUCAUCUUCUGCACAGGGAAAGUCUUCUACGACCUGAGCAAAGAGAGGAUGCGACAGAACCUGGAGGAAGAGGUCGCCAUCGUCAGACUAGAACAGAUCUCACCGUUCCCUUUCGACUUGGUCAAAAGCGAGGCGGAAAAGCACGAGGGCGCCGAGCUGGUGUGGUGUCAGGAGGAGCACAAGAACAUGGGUUACUACGACUACGUGAGGCCUCGAUUCCUCACCGUGGUGGCCAACAAGCGUCCCGUCUGGUAUGUCGGGCGGGACCCCGCCGCCGCCCCCGCCACGGGGAACAAGUCGACCCACCUGAACGAGCUGAAACGCUUCCUGGACGUGGCCUUUGACCUGAGCGCCUUCCACGGGAAGACAACCUGA